AUGGCCAUUUGGGAUAUUAGUUGCGACGAGUACCGAGUCGCUGAAAAAAAGAAUGCAGCAUGGCUUGGAGUUUCGCAAAAAAUGCAAAGAAAAGGCCAUGAAUGCACCAUUGCUGAUGCGAAGCGAAUGUGGAAGUCGCUUCGCGACACCUAUAGGAAAAAUAAGACGUCCCGGACGGGGUCCGCAACCUCGCAGCCGUGGCUCUAUAUGAAAAAUCUUCGAUUUCUCGACAGCUGUGAGGCCACGGGUGCGAGGAUUUCCAACUUGAGCAGCGGCACGUCGUCCACGUGGGCCUAUUCGUUAUCACAGGACAAGGACAAGGAAAACGUGGACGACGUGGAGGUGGAGAGCACUCCCUCGCCCUCCACCACCACCUCUGAGGAGCGCAGGGAGGAAACGUUGAUUGAGGACCGCUCCCCAUCGUGCUCUCCACCUCGAAAGCUCCUGCGGACCCCGUCCAUGAAGAAGAAGAGAGUACCAUUGAAGGAAGAUCGCAACUUCCUUCAAGAAGCUGCUGAGGCAGUCAAAGCCCGACUGUCCGUGAAGGAAGCCCAGCCGCUGUGCAAAUUCGGACAGUUCGGGCAGUUCGUCGCUACUUACCUGAAGGACCUACGUGAGGAUAUUGCAAUAGACAAAAUGAGUCUCAUAACAAAUGUCAUGCUGCGGCCGGUACCGAUUUUCGACCAGAUGGAGGAUGGAGCAUAUAUUUUGGAGUAA